AUGGAUUGGCCCCUGCUCCACGAUCUGAUACUUUACGCUCAACCUUUGACGAACUCAAACCUUUCCAUCAAAAUGCGAUUCUCCGUUCUCGUCCUUGGCCUACUCGCUAGUGGCACAUACGCCUUCCCUCGAGUCCUCGAAGUGUGCCGUGGGGGGAAUUCCACAUGCGAUGCCUCCGCUCCUCUUGGAGAUCCCACAGCUUGCUGCAUUGGUCUGUCGUGUGAUAGCGGAGUUUGCGUGCGAUAA